AUGACAUUGAGCAGCUCGCUUUUGAACUUGAUUAGAGGUCCGAAGGUAUAUUCAUAUAUUCGUGGACAUGAUACAGUUUUUCCUAGUAAUUCUCUGGAAUUUGUUGGUGAUACGAUGCUGAGAGUGAUGUAUGGGUGUCGUACAAUUUUUACCGUAGUUUCGCCAUUUCUUCUUUUGGUUGCUUAUAAUCGAUCCUUGUUAAAUGGGGUCAAUCUAAUAAUGUUAAUAAAGUUUACGGCGACAUAUUAUAUGCUAGCGAUAAGUGUAAGAACAACUGGAAGAGUUUUGAACCCAGAAUAUCGUCGGUUCAUUAAUAUCCUUCGCGACGCUCAUUCUCAUAAUGAAAGUGCACGGAUACGUUUAUUAGAAUAUGACUAUGAAAUAUUCGCAGCACCAGUUGAUUUUCGUGCUCGUAAGGAGCCGAGGAAAUUUUUCAAAACACCAAGUAAAUAUGUAAAUAAUUCAAACAUCGUAUACAUGACAGUACGAGAUUGCUUAUCUUACAAUAUUGCUUACAAUUUUGCUCGUGUAUUUAUUUAUCCUGGCUCCACAGCGCUACUGAACAAACUUAUUGAAUCCUUUCUGAUAGAGAGUCGACGAAGACAUAUAGUGGAUAGGAAUGGCACUCGAGGCGUUUUGAUGACAGUUGAGUCUAAUAUCGUUGAUACCAUGUUUUUUGAUCGUCGGAACAGCGAAAAAAAUGGUGAUGUUUUGGUAAUAACAUGUGAAGGGAAUGCUGGAUUUUACGAAACUGGUAUUUUGUUAACACCACUUCCAUUGAAUUAUUCAGUACUUGGAUGGAAUCAGCCUGGGUUUGGUCAAAGUAAUGGUAUGCCAACACCAGAGCAAACGACUUCAUCAAUUGAUGCUGUUAUGCAAUAUGCACUGCAUAAGUUGGGCUUCUCAGAAGAGCAGAUUGUUAUCUAUGCAUGGUCCAUUGGUGGAUUUCCAGCUACCUGGGCUGCUGCCAACUAUCCUAAUAUUAAAGCAUUAAUCUUGGAUGCCACGUUUGAUGAUCUUUUACCUCUUGCCCAAGCGAAAAUGCCAAAAUCAUGGGCAUUUUUAGUUGAGUUUAUUGUCCGCACGUAUUUUGAUUUGCCUGUCGCACUACAGCUAGCAUCUUACCAAGGACCGGUUAUACUGAUCAGACGUACUCAAGAUGAAAUGAUCGUUACAAUUAAAGGUACAGAUGAAGAACGUUUGCCAACAAAUCGUGCUAAUAAUUUGUUAAAAUCACUACUUCGAUCACGUUAUCCUAAGUUAGUCGAUAAUGAAAUUGCCGAAACGGCAGUAGAUAGUUGGUUGGCAGCAACUUAUUUAGAACGGAUAACGGUGGCUAAAAAGUACCCUCAAAUUUCCUUGCUAAAAAACAUUGAACUGCUCACGGAAGAAGAGAGAAACGCUAUGAUUUGGACUUUGUGUUCAAAAUAUAUGGUUGAUUUUGAUUCUACACAUAAUGCUCCGCUAGAUUUAUCUUUAUUUACGAUACCAAACAAAAUAUAA